UCCGGCUCCAGGAGGGGGACACGUCAGUGCCGCCGGUGACGUCACGAGUCCCGACCCGGCCCGCCGGCGUGCGAUUGGCCGCGGCGGGACUUACGCGUCGCCCUUCCUCGCCUGCGGCGCGUGUCCGGGAAACGCGCCCUCUUUUCCUUUGGCCAGGGAAGAGGCGAUGGCGACGACGGCAUCUCCCGGCGCCCUGGCGCUGCUCCUGCUGUGCGCCCUGUCUUGCUGCUCAGCAGAGGCCUGCGUGGAGCCCCAGAUCACCCCUUCCUACUACACCACUUCAGAUGCCGUCAUUUCCACUGAGACCGUCUUCAUCGUGGAGAUCUCGCUGAUGUGCAAGAACAGGGUCCAGCAGAACAUGGCCCUUUAUGCUGAUGUCAGUGGGAAGCAGUUCCCUGUCACCCGCGGCCAGGAUGUGGGCCGCUACCAGGUGUCCUGGAGCCUGGACCAUAAGAGCGCUCAUGCGGGCACUUACGAAGUCAGGUUCUUUGAUGAGGAGUCCUACAGCCUCCUGAGAAAGGCUCAGAGAAACAACGAGGACAUCUCCAUCAUCUCGCCGCUCUUCACAGUCAGCGUGGACCACCGGGGCACCUGGAACGGGCCCUGGGUCUCCACCGAGGUAUUGGCCGCCGUGAUCGGCCUCGUCACCUACUACCUGGCCUUCAGUGCCAAGAGCCACAUCCAGGCCUGAGGGAGGCAGGGCCUCCUUGGCUUCUUUUCUCAAUAAACAGUGUGUAGCUGUCA